AUGACGCAGCUCCUGCAAGCCACAGUCUUCUUCCUCUACAUCAUGCCCCCUCUGCUUUGCGGCAACCUGCGCUGCUUUUUCACGCCCCUUCUGGAGAAAGAGCACAAAUACGAACCCGUUGCGACCGAGUGCCCCCCGGAUGAGGUGUGCUUCAAAGCAGAUGGUCGCUAUGGCAACUAUAGCGCCCUCAAAGCCAUGGGUUGCAUGCCAAAAAAAGUUUGCAGCCAGACUCGGGAGAUGUCCUACAAAGGAGUUUUCUACACGAUGAGCUACGCUUGCUGCAGUCGGCCAUAUUGUAACACCUGUGUGGGCCUCAAGGCCGCCGCUUUCUCCGUCACGCUUACAUUUGUGGCUGUUGUCAUGAUUGGCUGCUGGUGA